AUUUUUGCAUAUAUUUCAAGACGACCUGCCUGAGGGAUUGCCAUCGGAACGAUCUUUUGACCGCUGUCACAAGACCGCGUUUUGUACUAGGUGCGAGAGUUUCGAGUAUGUAGUUAUGCCCUUCGGUCUGACGAACGCCCCGGCGCAAUUUCAGGUUAUCAUGAACCAGAUCUUCAGUUUGUUUGUAGAUAAGCGUAUUUUAGUCUACCUGGAUGACAAACUAAUCUAAAGCAAGACCCGUGAGCAGCA